GUCUACAUAGGCUCUUCCUACUGGACAAGCAAGAAGGUGGCGGUCAACGUCGGGAGGCGAUAAUCAGCCAGCUCGUAGAAGUCGGUCGACUGAUAACGGGAGUGAGCGCAGUGUCAGUAUGGAUGAGACGAAUGCGCUAAUACGGGAUUACUUUGUUCAAAUGGUCACGGAGCGGCGUGAACGGGUUGAGCGCGAACGAGAGGAGAAGAGGAGACGAGCGGAGGAUGAUGCUCGUCGAGCGAAAGAAGCUAGGAGGGGACUUAGGGAAGAGCAAAGGCUUAGGCAUGAAGCGGAACGUGAUGUUAGGCUUAUGCGGAUUCUACGUAGUGAAUUCAAGAAAGAUCGCGAAGGUGACUCUGACAGGGACGAUUUCAAAGGCAAAAAACCUGCAAAAUCGGUCAGUCGGACAAACCCUUUAUACGAAGAGAAGGAAGGACUGCGGCGAAGUAUUGCGCAGCGAACGAUUGGGAUGGAGGAGACGGAGGACGAGGAGUUGGCGGCACUUCGUAGACAAGCGGCUCAAUUGGAUCUUCUGGAAAAGAGGAAACGAGGUCCGGAUAUACCGGUGGGGAACAGCCCACCGAUGGUUACUCUGGAGAAGAAGGCGAGCAUCAGACUUUCAGAAGAAGUGAAAACUCAAAUUGAGCUGCUAAAGAGCGACCAAACAAAGGAAGUUGGGAUGUCGAGCAUGCCAACAAAGAUUGACCUGUCUCUAAAGCAUAUUAUGGCAUCCUGUGGACCUGGGGGGCAGGAGAGAUUCGAGCAGGAUUGCCACAAUUUUUAUUAUUUUUUUAACUAUCGACGAAUUGAAAGAGGCAUGUCGUCGUGAGAAGGUGGCAUAUGGCUAUCGGGACUUGGCAAUCAAACGUCUAAUUACGA